UGUGACUUCUUGCGUGUGAUUUCGAUCCGUCUGAAGUCCGUCAUAACUUUCACCGAGGCUCGUGAAGUUUGCGUCGAGUCUAAUGCUUUCGCGAUGACCUGACACUGGAUCUUCGGUGUCCAGCGGCAAUCCCACUCCACUCCCGUUAAAGAGUAUUCCGAAACGGGUAUCCCGCUAUUUUCCUCUUCGUACUCCUGUCCUGGUUUUCUGUUGCUCAUAAGUCGGAGAAGCGGCUUCAGUUAUGGCGCCGUUGUCGAGAGGAAUUAUAAUUGCUUUGCUCGCGAUUUCAGCGGCACAAAUUGUAAAGAAGACCGGAAGAUCAUUAGCAGAUCAGUACCGUUAUUGCUCCGGGCCAUGUGAUCCUGCUUCAGAGCCCAAGAAGUGCCGCUAUCAAUUUUCUGUCAGUGAACUGCCGAAAUUGAACAGCGUCUGUUAUGCAUCCCACGGGAAUAAAACCAUCCGACCUGAUUGCCCGGAAGGGUUUUUCGGUAACGGAGUGCUGGGGAUCAAUGGGAUGUCUCCAGGUCCUCAAAUCGAGAUUUGCCUGGGAGACACGUUGGAGGUGAUCCUGAAGAACGAGUUGGGCACUACGGAAAUGUCUUUGCACUGGCAUGGAAUUGCCCAGAAGGGUUCAGCUCACAUGGACGGUGUUUCGAUGGUGACGCAGUGUCCAGUACUGCCGUUUUCGAGUUUUCGGUACGAGAUGAAGCCGGAUAGAGCAGGAAGUUACCUUUACUAUGCUCAAUCAGCACCGCAACAGGGUGAUGGAAUUUACGGGGCACUUAUAGUUCGUGAACCAGGAAGUGACCCAAACGCAGAAAAGACAUUGCUAAUAUCGACGAGGCUCGAGGCACCGUUGACCCAGCUGUGGCCUGAAGUUUCAGCUCCAAUGGAUCUGUUGGUGAACGGUCAGAGUGAUGGCUACCGGAUAUCUGUUGAUCGGAAUCGGCGCUAUCUUAUGCGUUUGAUCAAUGCAAAUGCUAUCGCAUGUCCGGUCGUAUUGUCAAUUGCGGAUCAUAAACUUCUGGUCGUUGCCGUCGACGGUGGAAAAGUUGAUAGCCGGACCCUUGCUUCUCAUGUGGUGCUCUUCCCGGGUGAAAGAUUCGAUUUGACAUUGGAAACAAAUCAGGCAUCAGGCAGAUAUUUGGUCAAAGUUCAAGGCAUGGGAGAGUGUCGAGAUCUGUUCCACGCGGCGUCUUUAGACUACGAAGGGUCUUCGAAAUCCUCAACAAUAACUGGAUCUGGGGUUCGUUUGUCCAAGGAUGACAUCGUGUCGCUGGAAAAAGGCCACAAGUGUUACCGAGUGUCAAGAGGCAUACUGUGUUCAUUGGACACGAAGGGAAUCGCUGACAAUUCGAUUCAGAAUCAUCCUGGAGAAACAGUUUACGUUUCUUUCGACGUCAAUACCCUGGGUGACAUCACCGACGAAAUGACUGACUUCAAAUACAACAUUUAUGGCUUUAGCCACUAUCCCACGUACUUAAGUCUGUCGACGACGGAGGCCAGGAUUCCUCAAAUCAAUGGGAUGACUUUCAAAUAUCCCCCAUCACCGAUACUCAGUCAGCCGGAAAACACGCCGGAUGAUAUUCUCUGUUCAUUCGAGGCGAAGUCUGAGUUUUGCGAAAACACACCUCGGUUUUGCGAGUGUCUACAAAUCUUCGAAGUGCCAGUUAACAAGACGGUCGAAUUAGUCGUCAUAGACGAAGGAUUUGGUGGAAAUGCAUCGCAGACCUUCCAUGUACACGGUUACCAGCUGAGUGUCGUUGGCACUGAUAGCUUCGAAAAGCCCGUGACAAAGGCAGAGGUCAAAGCUCUUGACCUCAGUCAAGGAUUGCCCCGCAACUUGUUGAAUCCUCCGAAGAAAGAUACUUUCACAGUUCCUAACAAGGGUUACGCCAUUGUUCGCUUUCGCACUGACAAUCUUGGAUACUGGCUCUGGGAAGCAAGAAGCACUGGAACAUCACCAACGACGUCCAGUCCUGGAAUGCAAUUUUUGAUGCAGGUUGGUUCCCGCGAAAAUAUGCCGACAGUACCGAUAGAUUUUCCGUCAUGUGGGAACAAUAAAAAACCGGAUAUGAUAUUUGAGAUUAAUUAGAUAAAUUUAUGCACAAUUAUUAUUUAGGUA